AGAGAUCAGAGAAGGACGUAGGAGGAACGACAACCGAGCAGCGCAGCGAUGUACAACACACUGUACCACCGUCACUGUAUAGAGGGUGGUAACACCAGUCUGAAUAUGAACCACUAUGCCACUAAGAAGACGGUGGCAGGGAGCAUGUUAGACGUGGCCCUGCUGAUGGCCAACGCUGCCCAGCUGAAGGCCGUCCUGGAGCAGGGGCCAGACUUCAGGUACUACGUCACCGUCCUGGUCCUCAUCGGGUCGUCGCUGCUCUUCCAGGUGCUGGCUGGGGUGCUGUUUGUCGCCAUGGCACGUAAGGACCUGAACAACGUGGCCAACCAGAGGAAGCUGGACAUCAUGAACAACGUGGCCACCGGCCUCGUCUUCAUCACCGCCAUCAUCAACAUCUUCAUCACCGCAUUUGGAGUGCAGAAGACUGGCCUGUACCCCAAAACCUAGACUGAAGACUGGCCUGUAACCCACAACCUAGACAGAAGACUGGCCUGUACCCUAAAACCUAGACAGAAGACUGGCCUGUACCCCAAAACCUAGACUGAAGACUGGCCUGUAACCCACAACCUAGACAGAAGACUGACCUGUACCCCAAAACCUAGACAGUAGACUGGCCUGUACCCCAAAACCUAGACAGAAGACUGGCCUGUACCCCAAAACCUAGACAGUAGACUGACCUGUACCCCACAACCUAGACAGUAGACUGACCUGUACCCCAAAACCUAGACAGUAGACUGACCUGUACCCCCACAACCUAGACAGUAGACUGACCUGUACCCCACAACCUAGACAGUAGACUGACCUGUACCCCACAACCUAGACAGUAGACUGACCUGUACCCCAAAACCUAGACAGUAGACUGACCUGUACCCCACAACCUAGACAGUAGACUGACCUGUACCCCACAACCUAGACAGUAGACUGACCUGUACCCCAAAACCUAGACAGUAGACUGACCUGUACCCCACAACCUAGACAGUAGACUGACCUGUACCCCAAAAUCUAGACAGUAGACUGACCUGUACCCCAAAACCUAGACAGUAGACUGACCUGUACCCCACAACCUAGACAGUAGACUGACCUGUAACCCAAAACCUAGACAGUAGACUGACCUGUACCCUAAAACCUAGACAGUAGACUGACCUGUACCCCACAACCUAGACAGUAGACUGACCUGUACCCCAAAACCUAGACAGUAGACUGACCUGUACCCCACAACCUAGACAGUAGACUGACCUGUACCCCACAACCUAGACAGAAGACUGACCUGUACCCCAAAACCUAGACAGUAGACUGACCUGUACCCCACAACCUAGACAGUAGACUGACCUGUACCCCACAACCUAGACAGUAGACUGACCUGUACCCCAAAACCUAGACAGUAGACUGACCUGUACCCCACAACCUAGACAGUAGACUGACCUGUACCCCACAACCUAGACAGUAGACUGACCUGUACCCCAAAACCUAGACAGUAGACUGACCUGUACCCCACAACCUAGACAGUAGACUGACCUGUACCCCACAACCUAGAGUGAUAUACUUCAGCGAUAUAUCUUUCAAAACGCGGCAAUACGGGUUUUCUAUUGUUUACUAUUGUUCACUAUUGUUUCUAUUGUAAAAAAAAUUAUCAGAAGAGAUUUUUAAAAGAAAGACAUUAAUCAUUUAAAUGUCAAAAAAGUAGAAUUGUCUUAUUCUAAUGUGUAUGGCUCAGAAAUCAAAUUAAAGACAAGUGUUUGGGCUACAGAUUAGUCUCUCUAGACAAACGGGUUGCCUCCCACAAUUUAACAAUGUUCAAGCAUGUCCUUGGUCUGGGAUUUCCAAGAAUGGCUACAGACCAUAGGGUCUUCAGAUAAUAUAAGGGAAAACAGUGACUACUAGUGGUCUUUAUUUUACUAAUAAAAGAAUGAUACUCACUGUGUCCAAAGUGUGUCUCUAAUGCAAUAAA